UGCGCAAAUAAGCUCCACCUCGCGGGCACCGGCCUCGCUGCUCCCGCCGCCUAGCCGGAGAAAACAAACUGCGUGGAUGCGCCGCGCUCUCAAAGCAUGCGACUUACAGCAUUGCCAGCGCAUUUUCAUUUGCUUUCGGAGUUUCUCAUCAAUUAAGGUUGGUGGGUGCAUGUGAACAGCAUGUCAAAGACCCCUCCUCACAGGCGUGGGAUCUCAUUUGAGGUGGGAGCGCAGCUGGAGGCUCGAGACAGCCUGAAGAACUGGUAUGCAGCUAAUAUUGAGAAGAUAGACUAUGAAGAUGAGAAGGUUCUGAUCCACUACAAACAGUGGAGUCACCGUUACGAUGAGUGGUUUGACUGGAGCAGUCCGUACCUCAGACCCGUGGAAAGAAUUCAGCUGAGGAAACAAGGUCUCAAUGAAAAGCAGACUGCUCCAGGCUUUCAUGUUAACCAGAAAGUUUUAGCUAGCUGGUCAGACUGUCGGUACUACCCUGCUAAGAUCCUGUCCCGUGACAAAGAUGGGUCCUACAAGGUGAAGUUCUUUGAUGGAGUCGUGAAGACGGUGAAGGGAAUUAAAGUAAAGCCUUUCCGCAAAGAGAGCUCCCAUGGCAAAGCCAAUCAGCAGCCUCGAAAGCGGAGUGACCAGAGCAAUAAAGAAUGGAAGCCCAAGGAGAACGGCAGGACUAACGGCUCGACACACAGCACCUCUGAUCAGGACGGCGAAAGCGGAUCAGAAGGAGAAGAAGAAGAUGUCACGGUGAUAGAUGAGCCUAGAAACCUCCAGAACGGCGGAGCGAGCGAAAACGGGGAGACUAAGAAAGCAAACGAAUCGGAGCAGAGCACCCCCGAGCAAAAAGAAAAACUGCCAUGUGAAGAUGUGGUGGAAGAACCGCUGAAAAGCAGGGAAGAAGACAACAAAAGUGAGAAGGUAGAGAACCAAGAGGAGAAGAAAGAGAUGAAUGGAGAACAGGAGGAAGAGAAGCCCAACGCUCUUCAAAAUGGCAUUGACAAGAGCGACGGGGAGAAAAAGGAAGAAGCGGCAGAUGAAGGUCCCAGUCUGCCCAGAAGAACACGGAGUAAGAUGGCAGAUGGGAAAGAUGCAGAAAAGCCUAGCGGUCCAGCGCUGAGGAAGAGACGAGCAUCUACAGGUCAAAUUCCACCGUCCAAAAGAAGCAGAGCCAAUUCAAGCACAGACAAAAACAGUCGAUCCCAGAUUAAAACACCCAAAUCAGACACUGUCCCAGGAACCUCAGAGAGUAAAGACAGUCCAACAUGUCCUGCAGGAAAUCCAGCACCCACAGAAGAACCCAGAACCACUCCUGAUCUCGCUCCAGCGCUUAAACAGCAAGUCCAUCUUCCAACCACGAACAAGUACAGCAGAGAACCACUGUACAGGGUCAUCAAAAAUCAACCGCCCCCUAUCCUGUCCAUCGAGUUGGACCAUAAUCCCUUCAAAUGCAAGGUCACGGGCUGCCUCAAGUCCUUCCGGAAGGCAUCUCUGCUUCACUAUCACAUGAAAUACUACCACGCACAGAGCGAUCCGAGCCCUCCUCAGACGCGCUCCUCAGACAAGCAGAACCAGGAGACUCCUCGCAGGCGGCGCACGAUCUCCGGCUCCCAACAUACUCCUUCUCCUUUAAGUGACAGUAAAUCAGGACACACUCUGUCGCCCCCUGGUGUUGGCAGCAUGCACCGGCAGCGCUCGUCCACGCUGGGCUCGGAGAGGAGCAAAGAGAACCAACACAGCAACCGCUCGCUGCAUGAUGACAGAGACUGGGUUGCCAGGGAAACAGGGGUGAAAGAAAGAGAGCGGCUGAGGGAGAAACGUCAGAGGGAUUUCUUCCGCAUCAAGUUGAAGAAAAAGAAGAAGAAGAAAAGAAGGUCAAAGUCAGACUUUCACAGCACUGAGGAUAGCAUUGGCCCAAAGCCCCUCCUUUGCAAUUUGAAUUCGGCCCUCAAAUUGCCCCCCACCCUCACACAUCGCUCCUACGUGGAACCUCAGCCACAAAAGAUGCUCAGCCAGAGUGAAGACAGCAGCAGUGAUUUGUCAUCUGACAGUCCUGUAUGGAGUGAGGAGGAGUCUGAUACUGAGCUGAAUCUGAACAUGCCUCUAUCAGAACAGGGCGUAGAGAGGCGCUCUCACGGCUCGGAGAUCGUACGCUGUAUCUGUGAAGUGCAAGAAGAGAAUGACUUCAUGAUACAGUGUGAUGAGUGUCUGUGCUGGCAGCAUGGGACUUGUAUGGGACUGUAUGAGGAGAGUGUGCCAGAUACCUACACCUGCUACAUCUGCAGAGACCCACCAGCUCUAAGGCAGAGCCAAAGGUUCUGGUAUGAUAAAGACUGGCUGAGCAGCGGUCACAUGUACGGCUUGUCUUUCCUGGAGGAGAACUACUCUCACAAAAACAGCAAGAAAGUGACCGCCGCCCAUCAGCUCCUGGGGGACGUCCACCGCGUGUUUGAGGUGGUCAACGGCCUUCAACUCAAAAUGAGCAUUUUGCAAACCCAAGCCCAUCCAGACCUGAAGCUCUGGCGCCAACCCUGGAAGCCUGCAGAUGGCCUGCGAAGGAAGAUGGCGGGAGACUCCGGCGUCACCACUCCCUUUCCCCCCUCACCUCCUGAUAUGGGAGGGAGCGAGCUUGAUGUGUUGAAGAGUGAAGUCCCGUCGCCCGUGGAGAAGCACUGCUCCUUUCAGGACUCGUACAUCAGCAGCGAGCACUGCUACCAGAAACCUCGUACGUACUACCCGGCAGUAGAGAGGAGACUGGUGGUGGAGACGCGGGGAGGCUCUGAACUGGAAGACAGCCUGAGGAGCACAGAGGACCUCCUAGAGAUGGCAGAACAGAGGUACGGCGCGUCGCUGGAUCAUGAACAGCACAAGCUCCAGCUGGCCGACCGCUCCUUUACUAAGGAACUAGAGUGUCGUAUGAAGCGAUUGGUUUCCGAUGAGAAGAAAACCUGUGCGGUGGACAUAAAGGAAGAGGAGGAGCCUGACCCCGUGACCCCUGAUUCAAAGUCUGACCCUGACCUUAUGAUGCACCAACAGUGGCAGCUGAACCUGCUGGAGCACAUUGAGGUCGUGCAGGAUGAAGUGAUGCACAGAAUGGACCUCAUCGAGCGAGAACUGGAUGUUUUGGAGAGUUGGUUAGACUACACGGGUGAACUGGAACCUCCAGAUCCGCUGGCCCGACUUCCUCAGCUGAAACAUCGGAUCAGACAACUCCUGACCGACUUGGGUAAAGUGCAGCAGAUCGCACUAUGCUCCUCGUCCUCAUGAGGGCGUCAGAGAAUAGGGAAAGACUGGCAAAUGGCCCAAUGCGCACAGAAAUGAUAAUAAAUAAACUCUGAUAACAUGAAGCUCAUGUUAAUGUACAGAGUCAAAAUCUGACAUAAAACUGCUGAAACGGUUGUUUUGUUUGUUUGUUUGUUUGUUUUUAAGAGGGAAUACCUUUCUAAGCCAUCCAAGCCUAUUGUGAAUAUGAAGCUCUAGUUUCUCUAAAAUAGAGAUAUGUGUUGAAAUGGUGAAUUUGAUCAGCAGUUAAACACCAGUCAUGGGUUAAUAAAGACUGAGUACGAUUAUAAACAAUGAUGCAAAGGUUUUUUUUUUCUUUUCUUGUGAAAUUUAAAGCUUCUUUGUAGCACUUAGCUCUGUCUGUCAUAGACCUGAUGGUAAUUUUGUUAGAUUUUUUAAAAAUGUAUAUUUCUCUAUAUUCUUGACUUGCUAAUACUUCAAAUUUCUUGUUUAGUCAUAACAAGUGAUGAUGUUUGACUGUUGGCACGUCUUGGCUCUCGAUAAGAGCUUAAGGACUCGAAUGAUAUUAUGAGUUAAUGAAAAUAUUGUUACAUAUAAGAAUGACAAUAUAUUUUAACCUGUACGUACUUGCAUUUUACUAUAUUUGUACUAAAUAAGUCAUGUAAUCGUGUAAAUAACCCCUAUCAAUUGCUCAAAUUUAUGUUCUGCUUUUUUUAGUUAAACUAUGCUGAAUUUGCAUUUAUAGUAAAGACUUUACAUAAUGUUGUGUAUACUAUAGUACUGUACUUUAAUGUCAUUUAUCGUUCUCUGUUUUGACACAAUUGGGGUUUGCUUGCAUUUCAAAUCGGCGUGCUACGUUUUCAGUUUUUUCUCGCAUACUGAAUUUUUGGUUGUAUGGUUUUUAAUUGUUUCUCAGUGUUGUCUUUUUUUCAUUUAUUCUCUACAAGAUUAAUUUUGAUUUUAAGAGAUUAGAUGCCUUUAAGUUAUUGUAAUUGAAUUUAAGUUAUUUAACUUUUCCACCUUGUCACUUCUGUCAACUCUUUUGUAUAGUCCAUGUCUGAUGUUUGAGUGUCUUUGUGUGUGUGUGGUCGGAGAGAGAAGUUGGGAUCUUUUCAGUGUUAACACCUUUUGGUGUUUUAUCUCUUUAUUACUGUUAAAAACAAGGUCAGUUUGUGUAUUGUUCACCCUCAGAUACGCAAACUGUAAUUUGUAUUUGUGGAUUCGUAAAUCUCACUGAAGGGUAUUUGAAGAGUUUGUGUUUUCUCUGUACAGCUGGUGAGCGAUUGACAGCCUGUCGAUUGCUCUUCAAUAUUAUGUAGCCAAUUAUAAUUUUACAUCUGCACUCUUGCUUUCCAGUCACUUAAAAUCUGGUUAUUGGAUAUAAGUAUUUUGUGCUCUUUUGUACAUUUUAAGUUUUCCGUUACUAUAUUUUUACAUGGGGGUCGCCUGGGAAAAUAUAACUUCUGAAAAAAUUGACGCCUUAUCCAAAAGCAAGCAAAUAAAUGCGAACAUUUAAAUUCCAAAA